AUGAAUUUAAAAAUGGAAAAAAGACCCAGACAUAUGGAAAUGAUUACUAUUGAAACUGAAGAAGAUAAAUUACUUAGAAAAGAAUUAAGAAAAGAAGAAAAAGCUUGCCAAAAAAUAAAUCGCCGACAGGAUUCAGAUUCAGAUGAUGAGAUUUUAAAGAUGGUUUCUAAAACGACAAGUGCAGCAAAUGUUCCUACAUUUAUUGACCCAAAAAGUAGAAAAGCACCUGCAGCUCAGAAAUACCCUCAUGUAUAUGAUUUGAAUUUUGAAUCAAAAGUAUCUAGUUGUUACAUAUCUGGAGAAUCAUGCGUUAUACCUGCGGGAGCCAAAAGAACAGACCAUCGAACACAUGAAGAAGUUUAUAUUCCAGUUACAAAAAUGACACAAGAAUUGACUGUUGGAAAAGAAUUGAUUUCCAUUAAAUCUCUUGAUGAAGUUGGGCAGAAAGCAUUUCAUGGAAUUACUAAUCUUAAUAGAAUACAAUCAGUAGUUUUUGAUGCAGCAUAUAACACUAAUGAAAAUUUACUAGUAUGUGCUCCAACUGGAGCUGGAAAAACUAAUGUUGCUUUGUUGACCAUAAUCCAUCAAAUUAAACAACACAUUAGGAAUAAUGAAAUACACAAAAAUGAAUUUAAGAUUGUAUAUGUAGCUCCAAUGAAAGCUCUCGCAGCUGAAAUGACUGCAAAUUUUUCUAAACGCCUUUCUAACCUAGGAAUUUCUGUUCGUGAAUUUACUGGUGACAUGUCACUUACCAAAACAGAAAUGCUCAACACUCAAAUAUUAGUUACAACUCCUGAAAAGUGGGAUGUAGCUACUCGUAAAGGAACUGGGGAUAUUGCGUUAACAAGUUUAGUUAAACUAUUAAUUAUAGACGAGGUACAUUUAUUGCAUGGUGAUCGUGGUCCAGUCCUUGAAGCUCUUGUUGCACGUACUUUAAGACAAGUCGAAUCUUCCCAAAGCAUGAUUCGAAUUGUUGGUUUAUCUGCUACAUUACCAAAUUAUAAAGACAUAGCACGUUUCUUAAGAGUCAAUCUGUAUAAAGGACUAUUUUAUUUUGAUGGACGAUUUCGACCAGUGCCAUUAGUUCAAACAUUUAUUGGGGUUCGUGGUAGCAAGACUGUAAAAAUGGUACAGGAAAUGGAUACUGUUUGUUAUGAUAAAGUAUAUGAUAUGGUACAAAAAGGACAUCAGGUUAUGGUGUUUGUUCAUGCUCGUAAUGCUACCAUAAAAACAGCUAAUGUUUUUAGAGAACUUUCAACUCAGAAAAAUCACCAGACUGCAUUCCUACCUCAAGACUCUAAUAGAAUAGGUAUAGCAAAAAAGGCUUUUGAGCGUUGUCAUUCAAAAGAAUUAAGUGAAUUAUUAAACAGUGGAUUUUCUGUUCAUCAUGCUGGUCUUUUGAGAUCUGACAGAAACCUAGUAGAAAAGUACUUUGCUGAAGGUGCUAUUAAGGUAUUGGUGUGCACAGCAACUUUAGCAUGGGGAGUAAAUCUUCCAGCUCAUGCAGUUAUAAUUAAGGGGACAGAAAUAUAUGAUUCAAAGCAUGGAACAUUUAUAGAUCUGGGUAUGCUUGACGUUUUACAAAUAUUUGGUCGAGCUGGAAGACCUCAAUUUGAUACUUCUGGACAUGGAAUGAUUAUUACCCCACAUUCCAAACUUCACAAAUACUUGUCAUUACUUACCAAUCAAAUACCGAUUGAAAGUUGUUUUGUACAACAUCUUGUUAAUAAUUUGAAUGCUGAGGUUGUAUUAGGGACAAUAUCAAAUGUCGAGGAAGCUGUUAUGUGGCUUAGUUAUACUUAUUUAUUUGUCAGAAUGCGUAUAAAUCCUCAUGUCUAUGGCAUAUCGCUUGAAGAAGUUGAAUUAGAUCCAAUGUUGGUCAACAAAAGAAAAGAGUUUAUUAUAAAUGCAGCAAUGGCUUUAGAUAGAGCACAAAUGUUACGUUAUAACGAAAGAACUGGAGAUCUCUCAUCUACAGAUAUGGGUCGCACAGCUAGUCAUUUUUAUAUUAGUUAUGAUAGUGUUGAAAUAUUUAAUCAAUGUCUAAAGCCUUUUAUGAAUAUGUCAGAAAUAUUAUCAAUGAUUUCUAGUGCAAAAGAGUUUGAUCAGUUAAAGGUUCGUGAUGAUGAAGUUAUUGAGUUAGAGACAUUGGCUCGUAAAUAUUGUCACAUUGAAUGUCAGAGUUCAGCUGUAAACGUGAAUGGUAAAGUAAAUAUACUUUUACAAACAUAUCUUGCACGCGGUAGAGCUAAGUCUUUUUCAUUAAUAUCUGACCUGGUAUAUAUCUCACAGAAUGCGACAAGAAUUGCACGGGCAUUAUUUGACAUGGUUUUACGUCGUAAUAACGCUAUGAUGUCAGCUAAAUUAUUGGAACUUUGUCAAAUGUUUGAAAUGACACAAUGGGAAUUUGAAUCUGAAUUACGACAAUUUUCUGAUGUUCUUCCUUGGGAAAUUAUAGAUAAAAUUGAGCAAAGAAAAUUAUCAUUUAGCCGCAUUCGAGAAAUGGAUGCAAAAGAAUUGGGUAUAAUACUAAGAAAUCAAAAUGUAGGUGCUGCUGUUAAAAAGUGUGCCAUGCAACUUCCAUAUAUUGAAGCUACUGAAAGUAUUCAACCUAUUACUAGAACUAUUUUAAGAAUAAAUUUAGAACUAUUCCCAGAAUUUGAAUGGAAUGAUAGGUUUCAUGGUAAAACAUCAGUUGCAUUUUGGAUUUGGAUCGAAGAUCCGGAAACAGAUAUGAUAUACCAUUGGGAACAGUUUCUUAUUACUAAAAAUCAGGUUAUUAGAAAAGAAACACAAAAGUUGAUAUUUACCAUACCCUUGGUCGAACCAUUACCAUCACAAUAUAUUUUACAUUGUACUUCAGACCGAUGGUUAGGUACAACUUUCACUACACCAUUAACAUUCCAGCAUCUUAUAAUACCACAUAGCCAUGCUUCAGUGACAGAUUUAUUGGAACUUCAACCAUUACCAUUAUCUGCUCUUAAAAAUCAGGGUUAUCAGUCUUUAUAUAGUUUUACACACUUUAAUCCAAUACAGACACAAAUAUUUCACUGUUUAUAUCAUACUGACAAUAACGUACUGUUAGGAGCGCCUACCGGAUCUGGUAAAACAAUAGCUGCUGAAAUUGCUAUGUUUAGAGUGUUCAAUGAACAGCCAGAUGCCAAAGUAGUAUAUAUAGCUCCAUUAAAGGCACUCGUGAGAGAACGUAUGAAAGAUUGGAAAAUCAGAUUAGAAGAGAAAUUAAAAAAAUCCGUUGUAGAAUUAACAGGUGACGUCACACCUGACAUAAGAGCUAUUUCAAAUUCAUCUGUAAUUGUUACUACUCCAGAAAAAUGGGAUGGUGUUUCUCGUAGUUGGCAAACCCGUAACUAUGUCCGCCAAGUGGCUUUAGUAGUACUUGAUGAAGUCCAUCUUUUGGGUGAAGAUCGUGGUCCAGUAUUAGAGAUAAUAAUCUCUAGGUUAAAUUUUAUAUCAACUCAUACAGGACAACAUACUCGCCUUGUAGCUUUGACAACCGCUCUGUCAACUGCUGCUGAUCUUGCAGCUUGGUUACACAUAGGGGAAAUGGGCCUUUACAAUUUCCGGCCAUCUGUGAGGCCAGUUCCUCUAGAAGUACACAUCAGUGGCUAUGCUGGACGAAAUUAUUGUCCAAGAAUGGCAACCAUGAACAAACCUAUUUAUCAAGCCAUUAGGCAACACUCCCCAACACAACCAGUUAUGAUUUUUGUGUCGUCGAGGAGACAAACCCGACUAACCGCAUUGGAUUUGAUUGCAUAUUUAGGUGUGGAAGAUAACCCUAAGCAGUGGGUUCGCAAAAGCGAUUAUGAAAUGGAUCAAAUCAUUGAAAAUAUUAGAGAUCCAAAUUUGAAGCUUUGUCUUGCUUUUGGUUUAGGCUUACAUCAUGCUGGAUUACAAGAUAGAGACCGUAAGAUUGUUGAAGAAUUAUUUGUCAACCAACAUAUUCAAGUUUUAAUUGCUACUUCAACUUUAGCAUGGGGUGUUAAUUUCCCUGCACACUUUGUAAUAGUAAAAGGUACUGAAUUUUAUGAUGGCAAACUCAAAAGAUAUGUUGACAUGCCAAUUACAGAUGUGUUACAAAUGAUGGGAAGAGCAGGACGACCUCAAUAUGAUAACAUGGGAAUAGCACUCAUCAUGGUCCAUGACGUAAAAAAAACUUUUUAUAAAAAAUUUUUGUAUGAACCUUUUCCUGUUGAAUCAUCUUUGUUAGACGUAUUGCCUGACCAUUUCAAUGCUGAAAUAGUGGCUGGAACUAUUAAGACGAAACAAGAUGCCAUUGAAUAUUUGACUUGGACAUAUCUUAUACAAAGACUAAUGAAAAACCCAGAAUAUUACGGAUUACAUAGCUUGGAGGAAAGUUCUAUAAACAAAUUUCUUUCUGAUUUAGUUGAACGAUGUAUUGGAACUCUGUAUUCUAGUUAUUGUGUGGAAAUAGAUGAGGAUCAGCGUACUGUAAGACCUACUCCAUUGGGCCAUAUUUCUUCUUAUUACUAUUUACAACAUAAAACAGUUAAAACAUUUAAAGAGAGACUUAAAGGUGAACUUAGUAUGGAUGAUUUAAUAAAAGUCUUAGUCGACGCCGAGGAGUUUAGUUUACUACCAGUUAGACAUAACGAAGAUCUUCUGAAUACUGAAUUAGACAAACAGUGUCCUAUUGAUGUUGGUAGCCGUCUUUAUGAAUGUUCUCAUACCAAAACAUUGAUUUUGCUUCAAGCACAUUUCUCCCAUUUAAAAAUGCCAUGUUCAGAUUAUAUAACUGAUCUCAAGUCUGUAUUAGACCAAUCUAUACGUAUUCUACAAGCAAUGAUAGAUAUUAGCGCAGAAGCUGGUUACUUGUUGCUGUGUUUAAGAUUAGUUCAAUUGAUGCAAAUGAUUAUUCAAGCCCGAUGGGUGACUGACCCACCUGUAACCACUUUACCUGAUGUAGAAAAACAUCUGAUACCAUCACAAGUGUUGCCGAUGCUUUGCUUACCCCAUUUGUGCAAUAUGGCACUUAAAAGUUAUAAGCUGUUUGAAGAAAUUAUGUUAAAAACUCAACUUGAACACGAAGAAAUUGAAAAAGCAUUUAAAACUAUUAUAGAUAUGCCAGUUGUAGAAGUGCGUCUGUUUAUUCAUGGCAAUUUUUCUGACAGUGAAGAAGCUCAAAAGAAACUUGUAGAGAAUGGUAAACGAAUAGACAUUUUGGCAGGAUUGGAGUAUACAUUAGUUGUAGAGGUAAAAAUCCUCAAUCGUGUAAUACCAUCAAAAGCAUAUGCACCAAAAUUUUCCAAACCAAAAGAUGUUGGUUGGUUUAUGAUUCUUGGUUCAAUAGAACAAUGGGAGCUGAUAGCACUGAAACGUAAUGCCAAUAACCGAUAUAGAACCACUUCCAGCAGACUAGCAUUUAAUACACCCACAACACCUGGUUUUUUAAAUUGGACUUUCUAUAUGAUGUCAGAUUGUUACCUUGGUUUGGACCAACAAUAUGAAAUUGAAUUCAAUGUGAUAUAA